UUGAUAUGGAAUCCCUUGCUCUUUCUCUCUCUAAAAAACCAAACAAUUUCUUCCCAUCUCUCUCUUUCACAAUUUCACGAAAGGAUAACAAACAGGAGAGAGAGAGAAUUUGGUUCAGAGAAAAAUUAUGGGGAGAUAUUUGGGGAAAUGUAAAGGUGUUGUCGGCGAAAUUGCGGUCGUCGGAGUUCGAACCAGAGCUCGAGCUGCCCUAGCUAUGGCGGCGGCAGCAGCUAAUACUACUACUACUUCGUCUCCGGCGAAGAAGAUCAAGAAGGUUUCGAAAUCGUCGUAUAAUAUUCCUCAACUAAGGAAUCGGCGGAAGAAUUUGUCGGCGCCGGAGAAAGAAACGACGUCGUCGGAAGUUGCGGCGGUUGUUGUAGAAGAAGAGGUUGCGAAUUGCUCGAGUAGUGAGGUGAUUACGACGGCUAGGUCGGAUUUUCCGCUGUCUUGUUGCUCAAGCAAUUAUGAUCAAUUGAGUUCAAGCGAAGCAGAAGAAGUUGUUAAAGAUGAUGAUUGUUUGGGAAAUAGUACAGCAGAUCCAGAGAUUCAGAGUGCUGCUGAGACGUCGUCAAAGCAAAAGGAAGAAGAGUACCAUAGAACAGAACUUAGAGAAGCUACAACAUCAGACGGCCAAGAUUCUCAGGCAACGAAAUCAACGGCUCAGAUCAGGAUGCCGUCUGAUUCAGAAAUCGAAGAAUUCUUUGCUGCUGCUGAGAAAGAUAUCCAGAAACGCUUCAGCGAUAAGUACAAUUUCGACAUAGCAAAGGACCUUCCAUUAAAAGGUCGUUACGAUUGGGUUCAAAUAAAGCCAUGAACAAAGAAACUGGUGAAUAGUGAUGAUGAUGAAUGAAUGACUGAAUUCUUCCACAAUUAGCCGCUGAAAAUUGCAAAGUAAAUCUUUAAUUUUAGCUUUUUCUUUCUUUUUAGCAGAAAUUGAUCUAAUUUCUCAACCCAACCAAAAAAAAAGAAAAUUAGUAAUUCUACUGUUAAUUAUUAGCAGUUAGUUUUCUCUUUAAAAUUAAUUUUUAGUAGUAGAAUUAUUUUUUAUUGUUGGGAAAUUGAAGAAGAAUACAUUCGCUAGAAGAAGAAGAAGAAGUAGUGGGUAGUACUAGUGGGGUUGUACAUUCUGUCUCUCCUUUUGUAUCUUCAGUAAUAGUAGUAUCUAUUACUCUUUCAGAGAAGUCAGUUGAUUUCAAGUACAAAAAAAAGAACCUCCCUUGCCACUUUUUCAGUCUAAUAAAUUACAGUAUAAAAAAAUUAAAUUUUAAUUUAUUUAAA